GUUGUGGUCUCGGGAGUGCGACCCGGAGCAUUCCUCCGGUCCCGGAACGGGAUGAAACGCCGCAGCCGCAACACGCGUGAAUGACUGUUCGCCUCCAAAGUGUUGCUCGCGACAGCGCCUCGUGCCAGUGACGGCGGAGCGGCUGAAGGCCUCCGAGGGUCCGCGGACCGGUGCCUGAACCCUCGGAGGUGUAAACAGCUUAGACCACUUUGCGGCAUUCGACUCCAUGUCGGAGUUUUCGCCGCUGCUUUGCACGUUUUAACUUCCGUCGCUAACCGGGCUGAACGUGUCGUCGCGUGCGCCUCGGGACACGGCAGGUGUCGGCUGCUGCACCUGAUGUCACGUCGCGUGUGUUGAUUUCCCCUCGACAACCGCGGAUCGGACACCUAUAUUCAGGGGCCACCAUGCCCAUCACGCUGCUGUGGGCCGUGGAUGUGUAUGGCAGGGUGUACAGCCUCUCCACCGCUGGCCAGCGCUGGGAGCGUGCAGACGACCUGCUGCUGGAGCUGAAGCGUGUCACCGCGGGUAAGGGGCGCUGCUGGGGCAUCGGCUGCGACCACCACGUUUACCUCAACAUGAUGCCCAGUGAGACCUCCAUCCGCUACCGGGAGGAGACUUAUGAAAACCAGAGGUGGAACCCGGUGGACAACUUCACCGACACACUGCUGCCCACCGACCGCUGGCCGUGGAGCGACGUGACCGGGAUGACUCCUCAACCGCUCCACAGCUUUGAGCUGCCCUCCCGCAGCUGGGAGUGGGAGGGAGACUGGUAUGUGGAUCAGAGCUGUGGAGAACCCAACCCGACUGGGGGAUGGGAGUAUGCAGUCGACUUCCCCGCCAACUUCUCCCCCGACAAGAAGUGGAACUCUUGUGUGCGUCGCAGACGGUGGAUCCGCUACAGGAGAUACACAGCACAAGGCAGCUGGGCCAAAAUCCCCCUGGACUAUCCCAGGAAGCCGCCGCUGCCGCUCUGUGACAUCAGCUGUGGUGGUUGGGAGAUGAGCGACCAGUCUGGAAGGUAUCCCUACCUCUGGGGCGUGUCCCAACAAGGAGAGGUGUGGUUCAGGGAGGGCAUCCACCCUCGGGUCCCAGAGGGCUCCGGAUGGGAGGAGGUAGAAGUGCCCAAGGAGGUGGCUCAGUUAUCGGCCGGCCCCGGAGACCUCCUGUGGGCAUUACUGUGGGAUGGGAACCUGCUGGUCCGUACUGGCCUCAGCCUGGACAGCCCGACUGGCACAUCGUGGGUGGAGGUGGAAUCACCAGGAAAGGAGGUUGAGGCGCUUCACGUGGCCGUUGGAGUUAGUGUGGUCUGGGUGGUCACCAAAGACUACAAGGUGUGGUUCAGGCGUGGCGUGAACUCACACAACCCUCGCGGCUCCGGCUGGAUCAGCAUCGGAGGGGAGAUGAUGGUGGUGGAUGUCGGACUCAAUGAGCAGGUGUGGGCGGUCGGUGAGGACCGAGGCCUGUACUUCAGAAUGGGCGUGACGCAGUCUGAACCAAGUGGGAGCGGCUGGAUUCCUGUUUCUGCCCAAUGGGGGAACAGUAAAGAGGUUGUCCCGCCCAGGAAGGAGUGCCAGCUGGCUCAGGCCUCAAAAGGCUCCCUUCUGAGCUGCACCGACUCCGACUCUGAGUUUGGUCCUCCUGAUCCACAAAACACUGAAGACGUCCCGGCCCUGCAGGCUGCAGCCUCCUCUGUUGUCCCUUUAGGGGGAAACGACACACCUCCACCUCCCCUGAAAACAGAGGACCGUCCCUCGGCCUUACAACAGGAUGCCCCCAAACCAUUUAUUCCUGCAAGCGACAGCUUCAUCAACAGCCUGGUGUCAGACCGGGACAAAACCUCCACUGCCCAACCCCCCAUCACAAAGGUACCGCAGGAAGAAGUCACGGAGCCGUCCCCAGCUCCGAUCCUCCCGACCCCCGAGGCUGCAGGACACGACGUCCCCUGGAUGAAUGUGGAUUUGGAGGGAGCAGAAGCAGCUCGAUGUGCGCAGGCGGCGGGGCCCUCGACGGGCGCCCUGGGGACUCUGGGGACCUCUCAGGGUGUUGGAGAAGAGGACGCACCGGUGUGGACCUGGAUCUCUGGUGGAGGCUGCGAUGUGGACGCAAGUUCACAGAUCAGCUGGCUUAGUCCCUCAGGUCCUCUCACCAGCUCCCUGUCUCUGACUCCAGUGCAGUCGGCAGCGUGGAGCGAACAGCAGCAGCAGCACCGAGAGAUCAGCAAGAAACCGCUGGAGAAAAGCCACUCGGUGUGGGUGCGUAAAGGGGCGCUGCGCUGGUGGAGGGACUGGAAGCCUCAGCGCUGGGUGGAUGUGGCCGUUGCUCUCGAGCAGUCCAGCGAGUCUGACGGCAGGAAGGACAGCAUUUUCUUUGUCUACUACACACAGUAUGAUGAGAAAAAGUACCUUCAUGUGUUUAUACAUGAAGUGACAGCGCUGGUUCCAGUGGUCAUGGACUGCCACUAUGCCUUUGCUGUGUACACCACCCAGAGGACCAAACAGAGGUGGCCUCUGGUUCUGGCAGCACAAACUGAAAAGGACAUGAAUGACUGGCUGUGCCUGUUGACUGACUGUUGCCUCGAGUGUCGAGGGAUCACAGGACCCUCAUCCAGACAGGCCCUGUGGGCCACAACCUCAAAGGGAGACGUCAUGGUCCACGAGCCGUCCUUCUCUCUGGAAGCCGCUGCACACACACUGGCCUGUGACCUCAUGUUCUGGCGGCAGGUCCCGGGUCACCUGCGCUGUGUAGAGUCUAACAGUCUGGGGCUGGUGUGGGGCAUCGGGUGGGACGGCGCCGCCUGGGUCUACAGCCCGGGAGCUGCAGCUCAGCUGCAGCAGCAGACGGAUGUGAGGAGUGUCCACGUGUAUGAGAAUCAAAGGUGGAACCCGAUGACCGGAUAUGCAGACAAAGGACUUCCUACUGACCGGCCUAUGUGGAGUGAUGAGAGCGGCCUGAAGGAGUGCAGCAAAGGAAACACACACCCGCCCUCCCCUCAGUGGUCCUGGGUGUCAGAGUGGGCUGUGGACGCCAACGUCCCUGGAGGGACAGACAAAGAAGGCUGGCAGUACGCGGCAGACUUCCCCACGACGUUUCAUGGCCACAAAACCAUGAAAGACUUUGUCCGGCGCAGAAGAUGGACGAGGAAGUGUAAGAUCACAUUGAGAGGUCCGUGGCAGCAGGUCCCGCCCAUCCGUCUCAGUGACAUCUCUCUGAUGCCGUGCCUGGCCCAGAGCCGGAUGGAGCAGGUCCCCGUCUGGGCCCUCAGCGACAAGGGAGACGUCCUGUGUCGGCUGGGUGCCAGCCCCCAAAAUCCUGCGGGAAGCUCCUGGCUGCACGUUGGCACAGACCAGCCCUUUAAGUCCAUCUCUAUCGGCGGAGCCAACCAGGUGUGGGCCAUCGCAAAGGACGGCGCUGUGUUCUACAGAGGGUCCGUCUCCCCACAAAGCCCUGCAGGAGAAUGCUGGUACCACAUCCCGUCUCCCCCCAGGCAGAGUCUGAGACAGCUGUCUGUUGGGAGGACCUCUGUCUUUGCUGUGGAUGAAAACAGUAACUUGUGGAUCAGACAGGGCCUCACGCCCAGCUACCCUCAGGGCUCAGCCUGGGAGCUCAUCUCUAACAACGUCACCAAGGUGUCUGUGGGACCGCUAGACCAGGUGUGGAUCAUAGCAGAGGGAGUUCCAGGCUUCUCGGCUGAGAGUCCCGGAGCUGUCUGCCACAGGCUGGGGGUCGGACCCAUGCAGCCCCAGGGCCAGUCCUGGGACUAUGGUAUAGGGGGAGGAUGGGAGCACGUCAGUGUGAGGGGGAACUCAGCAGAGGCUCCUCGCGCCCCCCUUCCUCCUCCUGUCGGACCCCCGCCGCCCCCAACACAAGUGAACGGGACCGCGGUGGGCGUGUAGCGCCGGCCCCCCGCCGCCCCGUUUGUGCCUGGAUCCACCUUCGUCUCCUCAAACCAUCCCACGGGCCCUGAUCAUCCCUUCGUGUCGAGGGAACGCACAACCACGCCCCUGAUCGCUGGAUGAGGGGCACGAGAGCAUUUAAUGGGCCGUGAUGUGGGACAGAAGUGUAGAUGUGAGUGCAUGUGUUCUCUAACUAGGCUUUGGCUGUUGGGUGUUUUGGGAUCUAGCAAUAGCUUUUAUUCGUCUAUACGAUAUCCUGUGAAAAGAGGGCGAGACUCUGAUAAAGGGCUGCGGCGUGGCUACCAAGCUAACUCGUCUCCAAACACAUGAUCCCAGUCUGUUACUAGAAUCUUGUUUGGUUUUUGUUUGCCUGUUAUACAUGUGCAUGUGCUUUCAAUUAUUUAUUAAUUAUGCAUUUGUUGAAUUUUGUUUCUCCAUGUUUUGGUCUGUUACAUGUUUGCAGUGUUUUUCGCCCAUAUUGCUACGAUAAAUCUUCCAAAUAUUUAAGGCUUUUAAAAAAAUUACGAGCAACGUGGAAAAUUCAGUCUCCAUUAAAAGACACCUCUCCAUCCUCCUGCAAUAAGGAAAGUUAUUCCCGUCAGUAUUAUAUCAUCUACAUAACUGAAGUGCUGUAACUCCACAGCAGCUCUCUGAAUGUCUCCAUGCAUCAACAUACAUCUUACCAGGGUAUUGAAAUAAGUCUAAAAAUAUGGAUUCAUGUCCGGACAUCAUUUCAGUCUGUGGUUGAAGAGCAGACGAUCACACACCUGAUGUCACACACACUUGGAUGUUUAGUUUUUUUCAAUAAAUAAAAAGUAGUUCUCGACUCGGGUCUCCAUCACUUGACUGACCUCUGAGGGAAACAUGCAGCCUUUUGUUUUUCUGGAGACGGCUGUGGCAGAAAGCUCCAACGAGUCAAUACGUUGGAGUACUCAACAUAAUAAUUACAGUAUUUGAAAACAUGCCGAUAUUAAACAGCAGAUUACGCUUAAUUAAGGUUUGUGCCAGAAGGUCAAACAGCCGUAUGACCUUCAAACAUGGCUCCUCCUCCUCCCAAUGUCAAACGCAGUACAAAUUAGAAGUUCAUUUGAAUUUAUUUUCAUAAUAAACAAUGUAAUUAUAAACAUUUCAUUCAAUUACUAAGCAUGAUAAAUAUGACGUAAAAAUAUUUUUGAAAUCUACAAGUUUAAAGGACAGAAUGACUUCACAUCUGCUUGUGUCUUAAUUUAACUGCUUUUAGCCGACUGUGAUAUGUUCAUCAACUCAGCUUUACGUUACAAAAUGAAACCUCAUACCUAGAACUCAAGAGUUACAUCAUUUCCCAUUUACAGACAAAAAAUAAUUACAUUUACAUACAUCAGUACAGUUCAACAUUAAGUUACAUUUCUCAAAUGUGCAAGAUUAAGCAAAUGUAUACUGUAGUCAAAUAAAAACAAGAUUUUCUUAAAUAAAUGUUCAAGUUUAACUGAAACACAGACUGCUGGUUUUAACAGGUUCACGUUCUAAGAUCGUGCCUUCUGUUUGGGAGGUGAGCCAACAGGUGAAGUGCAGCAGGUCGGUGACGGCAUAACCUACAGGUGGUUGUUUUAUAGCUGUACAUGAAAACCCUGGAGGGAAAGCAUAUCUUGAUCCAUAACAGUUUGCAUUAUGCUCCCUCUCUCUCUCUCUCACUCACUCACACCUAAAAAAUGCAACAGGACGAGGGUCCUAAUGGAAGAAAAUGCCAUGUGAACCGGUUGUGUAAGUUUGACACAGUUAAAACAAAUGAAAUAAAAAGGCAGAAACUGUGGAACAUGAACACAGCAGUUUGUUCUAGUGGUUUUGAAGCUUCGCGUCGCCUACGAACUCAAAGUUCACCUCUAACUAAAUUCAUUGCACAUUUCUUCAUUCUGACAUUUAAAAAUAAAAUCUCCCCCUUUUCUUCUGUGACUUUAGACUGAGCAGUGAUAGUAAAUGGAGUGCGUCCGUCUUUACAGCAUCACAGGCACCGCGAGAAGUAGUCAAAACCAUCAGAGCAUCAAAUGAAGCAUUAAAUGAAUAACUGUCUCAACUCGGUGUGUCUCAGACCGCCAACCAUUCUUACUGGGCUGUCUCAACUAUAUGAAACGACUUACUGCAAAUGUUCCUUUCAAGCAUAAAUAAAGGAACACUCAGUGUUUCACGUUUUCUUUUAGUUACGGUACAUUUAAACCCUUCUUCUUCAAAUGCUGUACAGAAGGAUACCACACACACACACAGACUCUCCAAUGAGGAGAUUGUGACAUAAAACACCUGAUGA